AUGAGUAUUACGUUCAAUAACAUUUGUACCCUCCUGGAGAGUGUUGAGAGGGUUUCGACUCUGCACCCUCGACUUCCGCCGGGACGGGAGAAGUCUAGUAUCCGGCAGAUCAUCUGCAAUUGGUUUGCAGACCACCGAGAGACGAUUGACCACCCUUCCACAAAUGGAGGCGCCAUGCUGUCCGCCCUGCUCCCCCACCGGAGAAAGGACCGCGUUUACGGAUUGCAACAGCCGUUGUUAUCAAAAAAGAUCACUAAGUUGGUGAAUUUCAAUCAUGGGCAAAGACUGCUCUUCGAUCGGUGGAAAGAGCGAUCCCACGGCGAUCUCGGCGCAUGUACAGAAAAGGCGAUGAAGCCAUGGGAUGGCACUUUCAGCAAUAAGCAGCCUGUUUCAAUAGAGAAAGUUGAUCAACUUCUCGUCCAGCUCGCCGCGAAAUACCGAUUCUCCGACCCAGCAAUACGAAAACAACGAGACUGGAGUGUGAGUACCGAUACGGUGCUGAAGAAUAUUCUUAUCAAACUUGAAUCCUAUGAGGCCAAAUGGCUGGUCAGGUUGAUACUGAGGAAUUAUUGUACCAUCGAAUUAGAUGAGGAACUUGUUAUCAAGCAGUUCCAUUUCUUACUCCCGAGUCUUUUGCUGUUUCAGAACGACUUCGAUGCGGCACUAUCUCUCCUCAGAAGGGAUCUCCAUGCCUUCCCCUCCAUCCCUGAGGCACAUAUGGAGGAAUCCUUCAGAAUCGAAGCAGCGAAACAAUUAAAAGCUGUUGUUGGAAUCAAGGUUGGGCGUCCGACUUUUCAUAAGGCGUGGUCAUUCAAAAAUUGUUUCCAGCUGGUAGGGAAUCGUGCAUGGGCUGCUGAUAUAAAGUAUGACGGUGAAUAUUGCGAGACACAUGUGGACUUGGAGAGCAGCCCAAACGACAUUCAGAUAUUCUCGAAGAAUGGCAAGGAUGCUACAUCAGAUCGCCAGAAGCUUCAUGGCACCAUCCGCCAAGCCCUCCGUAUUGGAGAAACGGAUUGCAUGUUCAAAAAGAAAUGUAUCGUCCUUGGUGAGCUUGUUAUUUAUAGCGAUAAGGAACAGCGAAUAUUGGACUUCUCGAGCAUUCGAAAGCACGUUUCUCGGUCCGGCUCUUUCAUUGGGAAUGCCCAAGACUCACUCCCUCAUGAAUGGGAACAUCUCAUGAUUGUCUUUUUCGAUGUCCUUUUGCUAGAUGACAAGCCUGUUAUGAGGGACUGCCUACAGAAACGUCGAGACAUUCUCAGGAAGCUGAUUCGAUCUAUACCUGGGAGGGCAAUGCGUUCCGAGUGGUGUCUUGUUGAUUUCAAGAGUGAUGAAGGAGUUGCGGACCUGAAAGACUUCUUUGCUCGGACUUUAGCUAAUCGCCAGGAGGGCUUGGUUUUGAAGCCUUUGCAUUCACCUUACUUCCCACUGCUCUCCGAUACCGGAGAACGACAGCCAGGGUAUUUCAUAAAGUUAAAGAGAGAUUACCUCUCCGACAUGGGUGGUGAAAGGGAUCUCGGGGAUUUCGCGGUCGUCGGCGCAAGUUAUGAUGCGCAGGUAGCUGCAAAAACGAAAGUCAAGCCGCUACAUUGGACGCAUUACUACAUUGGGUGUCUUGUCAACAAGAAUGCGGUCCAAAACUCCGGCGCAAAGCGACAAUUCAAGAUCGUUGCAGUUAUCAGUCUCGACAAGUGCAUUCCAAAGCCCGAGCUGCAAUACCUCAACCGCCAUUGUCAACUCCACUCGACACCUCUACGCUGUGAUGACGGGAUCGAGCAGUUUGAAAUCAAACAUUCUUACAGCAGCAGCACUCGUAUGGCUGUCGCUUUUAAGGAACCAUUCGUUGCCGAGAUUCUAGGAAGUGGCUAUGAAAAGGCACAGAAUGAAACUUUUGAAAUGCUUCGGCACCCUCGCAUCAAGAAGAUUCAUCACGACCGGACGUGGGAAGAUACGGUCACAAUGGAAGACCUACAACGAAUGGCAGAGGAGAAGUGGGAGGUACCAGAUACCGAUAAGCUUGUGGGACAUGCUCGAGACGUUGCUCUCUUAGUCGAGAAGUAUGCACGAGGGAUGAGUGCGUCUCAGAGUUCCAUCUCGGGAUAUCAGACCACGCAAGAGACAACCCAACAAAGCCCACCCUGGACAGUACAAGUACCCCUUCGAACACCACCAGACAAUGCAAUUGUACAGUUGACACAGCCGACGUGGGCCAUGGCUUCUACAUCUCAGUUCCCUGGCAGUAUGCAAGGGGCUGGGGUCAAAUCAUCAAGAGAACUACGCGUACUAGUACGAGAAGACACCGUUGAGCGAAUAAAAUCCACUCCACCCCAGCCACGGCAGCCGCUAAAACUUCCUCUUUCCGCACCUCCCAAGUCCCCUCUUGUCGACGCAUCCCCGGCCUUGAAGAAACGCAGCCACAACACGGCAGCAGUGAGCCCCCCGCCCACAAAGCGGAGGAAGAUCCCGAGCCCAUUCAAGGAUUCCGGCAUGAAUAGAAAUCAGGGAACUUUCGAGUGCGAUUCCCAGGAGAAGACUAUUCAUAUAUACGUGGAGGAGGGUUGGAAUAUUCAGGUCCACAGCCGUAGGUAG